AAUUUCCUGUCAGCGUUGAGCUGCUGCAGUGUGAGCAGACACCGCCGCAACAUCAGCCAAGGGCUGUCGCUGCGGUGAGAUCCUCCUCCGGGGUGCUAGCAGCGGUGACGGCGCACUCUGGAUCCACCUGCCGCUGGAUGAAGCUCCUUCCUUGUGCUCCUCGAUCUGAAGGCCCGCUUGUAGAUGGAUGGAUAGCUAACCCGGUGGAGGGUGGUGACCUGCCCUUUGCUGCCUCUCUGCGGUCUGAUCGCGGGCAGACGUGGACGGGUUGAGGACCGGAAUGGUGAAUUAAAAUAUUUCUUCUUAACUGAUCGGAGGACUGAUCGUGUUUCCCACUCGUCUAUGGGAUGAUUUUUAUUUUCUUUUUAUUGGUGGUGGAAGCUGAACUACAUGUCUGAUCGGAGCGGGAGCGGGAGGAGAAUGCAACGCGGUGGGUGUGUGGCGGCAGGUGGAUGGCCAACCUGACCGUCUCAGCCGCCGUCCCCCCCCCCCCAAUUCAGAUCGGCUGGCAGCAGCCGCCGCCUCAGCGCUGGCUAUUCACGGAUCAGUGAAAAGGACGAAAAUAACCCAGACUUGAAUCGGAGUAAAAUAAACAGUUAAAGGCAGAGCCAUGCUUCCAGGGGUCGGGGUUUUCGGCACCAGCCUGACCGCCCGGGUGAUCAUCCCGCUGCUGAAGAACGAAGGCUUCGCGGUGAAGGCGCUGUGGGGCCGGACGCAGGAGGAGGCGGAGGAGCUGGCCAAGGAGAUGAACGUGCCCUUCUACACCAACCGGAUCGACGACGUGCUGCUGCAUCAGGACGUGGAUCUGGUGUGCAUCAACCUGCCGCCGCCUCUGACGCGGCAGAUCGCUGUCAAAACGCUGGGUAUUGGCAAGAACGUCAUAUGUGAUAGGACUGCCACUCCUCUGGAUGCCUUCCGAAUGAUGUCAGCUGCUCAGUACUACCCAAAGCUGCUCAGCAUUAUGGGAAAUGUGCUGCGUUUCUUGCCGGCCUUUGUUCGAAUGAAGGAACUUCUGGAGGAAGGGUACAUCGGAGAACUUCUGGUCUGUGAGGCCCAGGUCCACAGUGGCAGUCUCUUGGGGAAGAAAUACAACUGGAGCUGUGACGACCUGAUGGGAGGCGGUGGACUGCAUUCGGUGGGCAGCUACAUCAUUGACCUCCUCACAUUUCUAACAGGUCAGCGGGCGGUCAAGGUGCACGGCUUCCUGAAGACUUUCGUCAAACAGACGGACCACAUCCGGGGCAUCCGUCAGAUAACCAGUGACGACUUCUGCACGUUCCAGAUGGUGUUAGAAGGAGGCGCUUGCUGCACUGUCACCCUCAACUUCAACGUCCCUGGAGAGUUUCGCCAGGAAGUGAUUGUCGUGGGAACCGUCGGGAGGUUAAUGGUCACGGGCAUGGACCUGUACGGACAGAAGAACAGUGGCGGGGGGGGGAGUGAUGGCGGUCCUGAACUCCUGCUCAAAGACACCACUCCUCUUGAGAAGGCCUCCUUGCCAGAAAAGGCCUUUAGUGACAUUCCAUCCCCGUACCUCACCGGGACAAUCCGCAUGAUCCAGGCUGUGCGGCAGGCCUUCCAAGACCAGGAUGACCGUCGGACCUGGGAUGGAAGGCCCUUGACGAUGGCUGCCACUUUUGAGGACUGCCUAUAUGCUCUUUGCGUGGUGGAUACAAUCAAGAAGUCUAACCAGUGUGGAGAAUGGCAGAACAUUGUGGUCAUGAAGGAGGAGCCGGAAGUCAGCCCUGCCUAUUUGAUCAGUGAGGCCAUGCGAAGCAGUAGGAUGUCACUCUACUGUUAACAUCUGGCUGAUGUACAGCUGUGGAGGACCGUGGCCUUGGUCAAGUUCAAAGCACUUUCAUAGAACUGCUGGAUUUAAUUUAUCUCAGCUCUAGUUUUAUUUAAAUGUGCGCUGUUACUGUUACAGAGACUUUAUACCAAUGUGAUGCAGAUAUCUGUGGUGUUGUUGCCUCAGCAACAGGGGGGAGAGCUAGGUUCUUAACAAUCAAAUCUGUAUUUCUAAGAAAGCCCCAUCUGUUCUUUCUUUUACAUUUGAUAAGGGACUCGAGUCCUUCUGCUAGUUGUAUUUGUAAACCAGACUAAUUCACAAAAGAAUGACAUUGGAAGCGUAUCGGGAAAUGAAACUACUUGCUGGUUAGCUGGUCAGUCAGUAAUGACAGCCUGUCAGAAACCUGCUUCUGAUCAUUCCGUUCAACAAGCUCACACUUCUGUGUCCUCAUGCUUAUUAAACAUCCUGCUGGCUGCUUUAUCAAACAAGUAUUGUUCAUCCUUUCCCUGCAUUCUUUCAACGACUUCAUGACUAGGAGUGGAAACACAAUACCUUACACUGUGGGUCCGAACAAGGACAGCCAAGGAAGAAUGAAAUCGUUGCUGUACUCUGAAGUCCUUGCUAGUUUUACCAAGUCAACAUUUGAAAAGUCAAUGCGCUUGACAGUCUCCAUCUGUUUACUGUGUAUUCUGCCGUUUGUGUGUGAAACAACAGAAAAAAAAUAAUAAUACAUUGGCUGGUGGGUAAUUCAGAGGCUUUAACAUUCUGGUUAAUGUAUGCAAUAUAAAACGGCUGCAGCCUUAAAUAAAGGGUUAGAUCACACCUUAUACAUUUUAUGCCUUUAUGCAGUUGGCUGUGCAUUAGCCUUUUAUUUCUGUACGGGUGAUCAGUAGUGAUACUUGGAUGUUUCCCUAAUUUAUUGCUUUUACUUUCUGUUCAUGGGUGUAGUACGUUGCUAAUGCUAAGCUAACCUUAACUGUUGCUGCAAGUAAAUAUAAUCCUGUUCAACAUGCGUAAAAAUACAGUAAAAAUCAUAAACAAAUACAUGAGGGUCUAGUUGGUACGGUUGGGGAUAGUCUGUGCUUUUCACUGUCAUUAGGUCCUAUGUAGCCAUAAUGGCUAACAGUGUUAAUUUUUGUAUCAAUUUCAGACUGUCCCACUCUGAACUCUAUCGCUAACGAUGAUUUAGAAGCGGUUUACGUUUCCGAGAUGUCAGAGAGGCUUAAUCUGUGUUUUACCUUGAACAAAGUUAGCCAUUUUUUUAUUACCUUACUGCUCUUGCUCUUUUGCUGUAUUUCAUUUGUACUUGGAAGUCAGAAUUUCUGAAUUCCAAGUUCAAGAAAUCAACUAGGGUGCUCCCUAAGUCAGAACUUUGACUGAACAUUUUGUAGAUUUCUAAGCCAAUGCUAAGCUUAAAAUCCAAAAUGGCUGCCAGUUGUAUAGCCGUUGAAAUAAACUAUUAAUUUGCAGUGCUGAUACUUUGUAUCUUAAUAAAUCAGUCAUGGACUCAGUUCUGCUAAACCUUAAAGAAAGAAAGUGUUGCUAUUGUCUUUAAAUUCAUAAAAUACCGAGAAAUAUAUUUUUUGCUAAUAUUGCUAACAGCAGUUAGCAGUACUCACCAAAAUCUCAAACAUUUUCAAAACUGCAACAAACGCAUUUAAAAUUGAAGUGAUUAUUCACAAGUCAAAGUUUUCUCUCAAACGCAAAUUGAACAUAUUAACAUUGCUUGAAGCAAAUGGCAGCCAUUUUGGUGAACAAACCACUGGCACAGCGUAAUGGUAAAAGUGUAGCUGGCUAAUAGCGGAGUAUUUUAUGGCUAAAAUAAUCACUCGUAUUAAAAAUAUGGU